CUAAUGGACUGCAGACAUAGUACAGGAGAUGACCAGAGACUGCGGACAGCACAGGGAUGACCAGAGAUUGCGGACAGUACAGGAGAUGACUGCUGACCUUUGGGGAGGGGGGGAGCGGGUACCUGAAUUUGACAGGUAUCCGCUCUUACUUCCGUGGAGUUGUUCUUUGAUCUUACCUGUUCCUCUAUCCAGCCACACGCUGUCUUCCCGGCUUCUGUAAUGUCAGCGCUCGGCAUGACAGCCGGGUGCCCAGUGCGCAUGAGCGAGAAGCACUUGCGCUUUGUGAUUGGUCCGGCGGCUUCUGGGAUCUGUCAUGUGUCCCAGGUACCGCCUUACCA